AAGAGCUGGAAAGGAAAAGGCCAUUUAACAUGAUUUCAACAUGUUCGUUUGAAUUUUCGGAGUAAAACAAUUUUUUUUUGCUUUCAAGUAUUGUCAUUUAAAAAAUAACUUGAGUUUCUAAUUUAAUUAUUAUUAGUAUUAUCUCAUUUUAUAUGAAAGAUUUUGCUAUUAUAUAACAAGUAAUAGCUAUAACUACCUGUUGUAAGGUUCAGAGUAAUAGGAUUAAAAAAAGAAGAAAAUGGUUAUACGUCAAACACUUUAACGUUGUCAAUUUGCAUUUGUUAAUUUAACUUUAUCUUUACAAAUAUUUUUAAUAAUGGCAAAACCUUCAGGAUACGAUACACACAGUGAAGGUCCGGGAUUUGUAGGAAUACGAUUUUGUCAAGAAUGUAAUAAUAUGUUAUACCCCAAAGAAGAUAAAGAAAACAAAAUACUUUUAUACGCUUGUAGAAAUUGCGAUUAUAAACAACAUGCCGAUUCAAAAUGUAUCUAUGUUAACAAAAUUAUGCACGAAAUUGAUGAACUUACUCAUAUAGUAGCCGACGUAAUUUCUGAUCCAACAUUACCCAGAACAGAAGAUCACCAAUGUCCUGAAUGUAACCACAGGGAAGCCGUAUUUUUCCAAGCACAAACGAGAAGAGCUGAAGAAGAGAUGAGACUGUACUAUGUAUGUACGAAUCCACAUUGUGCCCAUAGAUGGACGGAAUGAAUUGCCAUUUCCCCGGCUCACACUAUUUUUAAUAAAUCAAAUCUCGUAUUUUAAUAUCAUAUUAAAUAUAAAGUAAUAUAAAAAUAACAUUUGA